AGUGAGAGGGGAAUAGCUGAGUGCACUGAGAAACAUAAAGUGAAGCAGCAAUGCUUUGCCAUGAAAAUGCUAUACACUACUGCAGCUGGGGAUUUGUAGUUGGUGCUUUUCUUUACCUCCUGCACCAAAUGAACACACACACCCCGUAUGGACGUUAUGUGAAUACAAAGUCCCCAGAGAUAAUGGUCCCAGCCAAGGCAGGAUGGUUUAUUCAAGAACUUCCAUCAUUCCUUGUUCCUGUGGUGUUGUUUUUGACAACAGAGAGUUUGCCGGGGUUAGGAAAACAUUUGCUGCUCUGGACCUUUUGCUUGCAUUACUUUCAAAGGACUUUUGUAUACUCCUUGCUGACCAAAGGCAGGUCGUCUCCUCUGAGCAUUGUGGUGAGCGCGACAAUCUUCUGCAGUGCGAAUGGCCUUCUGCAGGGUCACUACAUGCUCCACUGCAGUCAGUACCACAGCAAAUGGCACAGAGACACACGCUUCAUGAUUGGUUUGUUGGUGUUUUUCACUGGAAUGGCCAUUAAUAUCCACAGUGACUAUAUUUUACGAAACCUGAGGAAACCAGGAGAAGUCAGCUAUAAAAUCCCUAGAGGAGGAUUGUUUGAGCUGGUCUCUGGUGCCAACUUCUUUGGAGAGAUUGUUGAAUGGUGUGGAUACGCUGUGGCCUGCUGGUCCUUUCCUGCUUCGUCUUUUGCUCUAUUCACUAUCUGCUCCAUUGGGCCUCGAGCCUACCACCAUCACAGGUAUUACUUGGAGAAAUUUAAAGAUUACCCCAAAUCAAGAAAGGCUGUGAUCCCUUUCCUGCUAUAAUUUAAGUGGAAAAACAGUUUUAGCCCAUGAGAACAAAUUCAACUUGCACUAUUACUAAACUACAAGUGCUGAUGUUACUGCAAGUCCUACGCACAACCAAAUCUCACAAAAUGAAGCAUUUCUGAAACUUCGUAUUUUUUUUUAAUACACAAAUAAAAACCUAUGUUUCCAUCUGUA